CUUCAGGUUGUACUCUAUCCUUGUUAGACAUUCGAAAAUACCUUUAAUCAUGUUUGCCAACAUAAUUUUAAUUUGCUGAAACAGUCAGAACAGUACAAUGGAACUACUAAACUGAGACGAGUGUUUUGACUUUUUUUUGACAUAGGCUGGUUCUGGUUUUGACAUUUUGCUUAAUGGCUAAUGGUUUGAGUUAAGUGGUGACAUAACGAAACGGAGUUUAUAAAAUAAUAUAGAAAAAAUGAGUUUAGGACUAAACAAGUUAUAUUCAAUAGCCCAAACAGGUUCAAAAUAUAUAAAACCUGGAUUAAAAACUGUUGGUAGAAGAUGCGCAUCUAGCGCUCCUAAAGAUGGGUUUAUUUACGUUAAUAAAGAAGAGCCCAGUAUGGAUUUUGGAGAUAUCACAGAUCGUGCGGCUCAAACAUUGUUCCUUACCGAAUUGGUUAGAGGAUUUGGGGUUACUUUAGCACAUAUCUUUAAAGAGCCUGCAACAAUUAAUUACCCAUUCGAAAAAGGACCAUUAAGUCCUAGAUUUAGAGGAGAGCAUGCUUUAAGAAGGUAUCCUUCUGGCGAAGAAAGAUGUAUUGCCUGCAAACUGUGUGAAGCAAUAUGUCCAGCCCAGGCAAUCACUAUUGAAGCAGAAGAAAGAGCUGAUGGUUCAAGGCGUACCACCAGAUAUGAUAUUGACAUGACCAAAUGCAUCUACUGUGGCUUUUGCCAGGAGGCUUGCCCUGUUGAUGCUAUUGUUGAAGGUCCCAAUUUUGAAUUUUCCACAGAAACCCAUGAAGAACUUCUGUAUAAUAAAGAAAAAUUGUUAAACAAUGGUGAUAAAUGGGAGUCUGAAAUUGCUGCUAACAUUCAUGCAGACCAUUUGUACCGUUAAUGUUGUAUAAUAGUAUAAUACAUUUGUAAAAAGUUG